AUGUGGAUCGGCUGGGGCAUCCUCCUUUGGCUCCUGGAAGUCAGAUGCUCCAGUGACGAGGUCACUCAACAACUGAGUCUGGUUCUGGAAGAAGAUCAACCUGCCCAGCUUGAGUGCUACCCUGCAAACGGACACAAUGCUAUGUACUGGUACCGGCAGGAUGCAGGGCAGGGUCCACAGCUUCUCUUUUUGUUCCAGAAUAAUCAGCCAAUAGACACCGGCAACCCUCUUCCACGUUUCACAGCUGAGUGGCCCCGGACAAGGACCUGUGAACUGAACAUUUCGUCUGUGAAGCGAGAGGAUUCGUCUGUGUAUCUCUGUGCGAGCAGCCUAGACACAGCACUUCAAAGAGGUACUAAUGCUGAGAUCACUCAACAGUCGAGUCUGGUUCUGCAAGCAGGCCAAGCUGCCCGCUUCAAGUGCCACCAAACAAAUAAGCACGACCACAUGUACUGGUACCAGCAGAAGGCAGGGAAGGGCCCGGUGUUUCUCUACUACUUCCUUAAUAAAGAAGAACAACAGGGAGGUGACGGUUUGGAGCAGUUCUCUGCUAUGCAGCCUGAGACGUACCGCUUGAACCUGACCGUUUCGCCUAUGAAGCAAGCAGAUUCGGCCGCUUAUCUCUGUGCCAGCAGCCAAAACACAGCACUUCAGACGGCUUUCCCCUUUGAUGACGAUGACAAGAUUGUAGGGGGUUACACCUGCCUGGAGCACUCCCUCCCCUACCAGGUUUCUCUGAAUGCGGGGUACCACUUUUGCGGGGGCUCCCUCAUCGACGAUCAAUGGGUCCUCUCAGCAGCUCACUGCUACCAGUCUGGCCGCAUACAGGUAAGACUCGGGGAACACAACAUAGAUGUGCUGGAAGGCUCAGAAGAGUUCAUUGAAGCCGAGAAACAAAUUCGCCACCCUGGCUACAGCCCGAAGAACAUGGACAACGAUAUUAUGCUCAUCAAGCUGGCCAAACCCGCCACCUUGAACUCCCGCAUCCGAGCCAUUUCCUUGCCCUCCAAGUGUGUUACAGCUGGGACCGAGUGCCUCAUCUCAGGAUGGGGGAACACCCUCAGCAAUGGAUACAACUUGCCAGAGCUUCUGCAAUGCUUGGAUGCUCCAGUCUUAACUGAUGCUGAAUGCAAGACUGCCCUUCCUGGGAAAAUCACUGCUAACAUGAUGUGCGUGGGGUACUUGGAUGGUGGCAAAGAUUCCUGCCAGGGUGACUCCGGUGGACCUGUGGUGUGCAACGGGGAGCUCCAGGGAAUUGUGUCCUGGGGGGUAGGGUGUGCUCUGAGUGGCUACCCAGGGGUAUACACCAAGGUCUGCAACUACGUUGACUGGAUCCACGAGACAAUUGCAGCCAACUAAAGAUCUGUCGCCUGUCUAGCAUGCUUAGGAAUAUUUGCUUGCUUAUUUAAUUGGCUGCAGUGUUGCUGCAGGAAAUGGGAUACAGAACAAAACAAAUAAAGGCAUCUGUGAUGGUACCAUUUGUUGUUGCCCCCGUUAUUAACUCCCGACAACCUUUUAAAUGUU